AAAAGACUAUUUUACGACGAUCGUUCAAUGCCCGGACCCCUCGUGGUUUGUGUUAAAAAGUAAUACCAAAAUCAAUUAAUAUUUACUAAACAUGUUGGUACCUCUCAAUCGUUUCUGAAUUCACAACAUCAUAUUACAAAACGCGCGAAGUGUAAACGAAGUAUUUAUUAAAAAGCAGUUAAAUGUUGAACAAGCUGUUUGCAAUGUUACCAUACGUUGACUGUUAAAAAAAUUAGGGUAAAAUUCAGAUCUUCCAUUCUACCAAGCGACGAGUAUCCCACAGAAUUUAUUAGGCUAUAGGACCAUUCAAAAGCAGAACUGCUAAGCUACUGAUGCAAAUUGUACUCUAUAUAAAUAAGAAUUUCUUAACGGCUAAAUCAAUAGACACAGAGAUUUACGCGAGGCACUUUUAUUUUGUGGAUGAUUCAAAUGUUGUUCUAAAAGAAAUCGUAUUGUUGUACUGACGUCUCUAUUAGUACAAUAUCGGAAAACCCCUGCAUAUGCAUUUUGCAUUACACAAGCUUUCACCCAUCAGGACCAUCGCAUCACCCGUUGUGCCUUCUCACAGAAAGUGUAGCAAUAAAAAUAAUAAUAGCAAGAAAUCAUUGAAUGGAAAGUGGAGGAUUUUGGGAAAUAAAUCCUUGCUGCUGAAAAUUGUCGUGUUUUGUGGUGAUUACUGUUUUUUACCACAAAAAAGCAAAGUGCUCACCAAGAGUGCGGAAAGAAUUUUCUUAGCCAGCGGGUAAAAGGAAAGCUGCAUUAAUCGAAAUUGCGUACGACGACGUACGAAGAUGGCAACAAUAGCAGUGGCGUAAAAUGUAUCGCAAUUACCAAUAGGGCAGUGUAAUACGCAACUCUUGCUGAAAAGUGCCACAGUGGAAGAUUGAUAUGUACGGCUGUUGAUUUUGCGUGUCUCGGUUAUUAUUGCCAUCGAGAAGAAGGGUCGAGAGAAACACCGUGUUGUGAAGGUUUUGGAACGGGUUGGGACGUAGCUGGGUGGUAGUGCUGCUGCGACUUCUUUGUUGUCUGUACUAUGUGUACUGCAAAAAGGUAGCGAAACAUUGAGAAGAAAGCAUAAAUAACACAUCGAUGAGUGAACGAGAGGCAGACGAAAGCACUGGUGCAAGUGUGUGUUGUUUUGCUGCUGUUGCUUGAGAAGGAAGCGAAUUCAUUCCUCAGUGCUACCACACCAUCCCAACCGACUAUUGGUGGAGCUUCCCGCACGACCUAAAGGAAAAAGUGGACCCAUUUCCUGUGCGGAAAGAGAAGAAUACAACUGAACUCUGUCGGGCAGAAAACGUCAACACACGAACACAAAGCAUAGGCCAAGAUUGAGUUUGGUGUGUACCGUCUCCCCGGGAAUCUGUUGCAGAAAUAUGGAAUCCUGUGCCGCCGUCGAGAAGGAAGUGGAGAAAGUGAUUAACAAAUUUUCCGCUAUUAAUGACCACUCGCAGCGCAUCAUCGGGGAUGUGAUUUCGCUGAUCGAGAAGCUUCGGUCAUCAAUCGCAGAAGGUAACCCGGACAAUAAAGUGACAACCGGGCAGGUCGAUGUGCUGAAUGAGGCCCUCACAAAGACAAAGGACAAAUUGCACCGUCUCACGACGGAGCAUCGCGAUCUGCACGGAACCGUCAGCAAGGUGGGCAAAGCGAUCGAUCGUAACUUUGUGGCCGACUUUACGGCCACCUCGCGUACCGAUGUGUUCCAGACGGAGCGAAAUGUGAUGCUGUUGAACAAAAUCAUGGCCCAACACUUUUACCGCCAGGGUAUGGACGAUGUGGCGGAUGCGUUGAUAAAAGAGUCGGGCCUACCGGCCGAAGAGAUCGUGCCGGAACCGUACGCCGAGCUGCACCGUAUCUGGGAAGCGAUACAUACGGGCAAUCUGGCGCCGGCACUCGACUGGGCUACUCGCUAUUCGGCGGAACUGGAUGCGCGCAAUAGUACGCUCGAAUUUAAGCUGCACCGUUUGGCGUUUAUGCAAAUUUUAAACGGUGGCGUACAGGCACAGACGGAAGCGAUUGCGUACGCUCGUACGAACUUUGCCAAGUUUGUGCGGCGCUUCGAGAAGGACAUCCAGAUCCUGAUGGGUACGCUCAUCUAUCUGCAGAUUGGCAUACACAACUCACCCUAUAAGUACCUCACAUCGCCCGAGAUGUGGAUCGAGACGGCGGACGUGUUUCUGAAGGAUGCCUGCCAACUGUUGGGCAUCAACAAGGAUUCACCACUGUCCGUGAUCGUUAAUGCGGGCUGUACCGCACUGCCCGCAUUGCUUAAUCUCAAGCAGGUGAUGAUGUCCCGCCAGGUGACAGGCAUCUGGAACGGGCGUGAUGAGCUGCCUAUUGAAAUCGACCUAGAACCAGAGAACCGGUUUCACUCUAUCUUUGCGUGUCCGAUUCUGCGCCAGCAGAGUUCCGAAGACAACCCGCCAAUGAAGCUGCUAUGCGGUCACGUUAUAUCCCGCGAUGCCCUUAACAAACUUAGCAAUGGACCGAUCAUGAACAAUACUUUCAGAUUAAAGUGUCCCUACUGUCCCAUGGAGCAGUGUCCAUCGGAUGCCAAGCUGAUAUACUUCUGAGCAUGCUUCGCGCGGUGUAUGUUUGUUGUCUUCUCACCCGCCUGAGAUAGCGCAAUUCGAUCGCUGUACGAUCGUGUAAUGGGUACCCUUCCCCAUAGUAGUUCGGGCAAUGUGUUCCGUCUAAUAUACGCCACAAAACAUUGCCGUACAUACGUAAAACAGGAAGGAAACAUAAAUCUAGUUAGGGCCAAUACUAUAAUACGACGGGCCAUGGCAAAGUUCGUUUUUACCGGAAACAAAGGCGAGAUCGAGAAGGAAAAGGUAGACACAUUUGUCGCUCCAGUGAGAUUGAUGGUCAACACUCUACGUACUCGCUCUUAAGAGGGGGCAUUAUGACCCGUGGAUAUGUGUGUUUACGAUGCAAUGAGCAAACAAGCAUACCGAACAUAGGUUUUUGUUAAAAUCGGAUUUUAGAAAUAGAACCUGCUGGGAAAUAGAAGUAGCAAAACAAAAAGCAAACAAGGAAAAAAUCUAAACAAAAAAAAACAUUAUUGAUUGGCUAGAAACUCUUCCAUAAUGCAUAUAUGUAGGCUUUGGUUUCUUACUUGGUGGUGUGUACAUUAAUUGUUCCGUGUUUCUGUUUGUGUUAAUUUACAUGCGCUAAUGAUUAUUAUUACACCAGCAAGAAUUUGAUUGAUGUUUUUAGUGUGUCAACUGUGCUGUGUUCCAGCAAAUAUUUUAUGUAAGUUUUUUAUUUGAAUUGUUUGCUGAACUUUCUUUACAAGAGAAACACUGCGAACAGCGAAUCUUUUUUCAAAUUUAUAUCGACCAAAAACAAAGGGGGGGAGGGCUGCGGUGGGUAUCAGCAAAAGAUGUGUUGUCCGUUAGUGUGAAGGUAUAAUGAUGGAAGGUUAAAGAAUUAUAUUAAAUAAAACAAGAAAGAUCGAUAAAAAAAAGGUUAGAUAAUGAAAUAGGGCUUAGGUAAAGGAGGGAAUGAAACACACAGACACAUCCACGAAACGCUAAAAGCUUGAAUGCUUCUAAUAAUGAAAGGUCCAAUAGAUAAAGUUCGAAGGAGUAGGAAACGGAUCGCUAGCUACUCCUGCAACACGAUUGCUGCUGCUUCAUCCAAAAUGGUGCUGAUGGUGGGUGAGAAGAAGCAACACAUUAACAGGCUGUAAAUAUAUGUAUAAACAAAAUAUAUUAUAUUUUUACUGACGACAAAUAAAGAAAAACACACAAACACACGAA